CCUAUCAUGUCGCUCCCCGCCACUCUGCCUGUGCUCCCCAUCGAGGUGAUAGAACACGCCCUGGACUACUUGCGUGGUGACCGGAAGACACUCGCCACCUGCCGUCUAGUAUGCCGUGCUUGGUCCGCCAGGGCACGCUACAACCUCUUCUACAUUGUCAAGAUA